ACAUCUGCAACACUGACCAUUAAAGUACUUCAGUAUGAUUACAAUACACGUGUAAUGGUGUUGAUGUAUGAAACAAAACUAAAAAAUCAUAAAAAAAUAGUAAGCUACCACCAAAAAAUAUCAAAUUCAAAAAACUUAAUCAAUAAUAACUAUUUCAAUUAUGUCACUGUCUUGACACAGUUUUAUCCGCUUUUGUUGCAAUCAUUAUUAUUAAUGGAGUAAUUGAUUAAAAUCGAUUAUAUAAUAACUGAUAAUGGUAAAUUAAAUAAUGUGAUAUUGAAUAAAUUCAAAUUGUGUCAUAAAUAUUCAAAAAUAAUGGACUGCGCUCCUUUUUAUCGAACAAUAAAAAUCAAUUAAAAAAAAAAAAGUACAAAUGGAUUGGAGUGAAGAAAAAUCAAAAGAUUCAUCAAUCACAAACAGCAAUAAUGACAAACCGGAAGAAGAGCCAUCUCAGACUUCGUUAAAAUCAUUGCUGCACUUAACAGCAGACGACAGCAGAGAAUUCAUCUGUGGAUGGGGCGCUGCGGUGAUAAACGUCGGCGUGACGUAUCCUAUGAACAAAAUAAUAUUCCGGCAGAUUCUGGAAGGCGUUCAGGUAAACGCCGCAGUGAGACAACUCUCGAAAGAGGGCAUAAGACUGCUGUACCGCGGAAUUUUGCCGCCUCUGUGCCAGAAAACGCUGUCGCUCAGCAUAAUGUUCAGCGUCUACGAAGGAAGCAAGUCGCGGAUCUACUUGCUAACUCACCAGCCAGUUCUAUCAAAGGUUUUAGCUGCCAACGUCGCUGGAGGCAUCGAAGCCAUCCUGAUGCCCCUCGAGCGGGUCCAAACUCUGCUCCAAGACUGGCGGUACCACACCAAGUUCAAGAACACUUCUCACGCUUUUAAGUACUUGCUACGCGAGUACGGAAUCUGCGAGUGCUACCGAGGACUGAUGCCGAUCAUUAUCAGGAACGGACUGUCCAACCUGACCUUCUUCUCUCUAAGAGACUUAUCAAAAGACUACGUCAGUAACGAACACACGCUCUUUCACAACUUCCUCUGCGGCGCGUUGAUCGGCGGCUUCACCAGCACCGUUUUCUAUCCGAUGAAUAUCGUUAAAAUUCACAUGCAGACUAAAAUUGGCGGAGAUUUUGAUAAAAUUAUUGUCACACUUAAAGACUUGUGGGUGAUAAGAGAUCGAAAGAUUACUAAUUUUUAUCAGGGUGUUCAUUUAAAUUACAUGAGGUCUUUUGUUAGCUGGGGGGUCAUUAAUGCGGCGUAUGAUUUUUUAAAGUCUGUUAUUUUUUGAUUAUUUAUUUUGUACAUUUUUUUUUUUUGUGUAUACUUAGUAAAUCUUUUUAUUAAUUUACAUAUUUUAAUAGCAACAUAAUUCACGAACAAUACAUUUAUUUUUGUAUGUAAAAUAAAUUUCAAUGUCAUGUUUUUUCAUUACAAUA